AGGCGAGGGGAGCGGGCGGCGCGACCGGAGCGGCCGGGAACGGUCGGGAACGGUCGGGAAUGGCCGGGAACGGACCCGCCGGCUGCGCGACGGCCGAACCAGGCAGCCCCUCGGUCCCCACCGCCUCCCCGCACAGGAAAAUCCACCCUACUUCCUGUAGUGAGGCUCAGUGACUCAAGGACCGGAGAAUGUUCUUUCAAUGCCAAGGGAUCAAUUCCAUCUUCAUGUGUAAGCUUUGUAACUUAUUUUCACCAAAUCAGUCCGAACUGUUGUCUCAUGUCUCCGAAAAGCACACAGAAGAAGGAACCAGUGUGGAUGACAUUAUUAUUCCUCUCCAGCCUCUAACAGUGCCCACAAACACAAGCAAAGAUGGAGAAGAGCUUCUUGUAGCGAAGAGGAAAAGGGGCAGACCUAAAGGGUCUACUAAGAAAUUUUGUGUGGAUGAAGAUGCAGCAGAAAACAACCCCAUUCCAAGUGAAGAAACUCCCCCUGGAACAGAAGAGACCCCAGAACUGUCUGAAGUCUCACCAGGCAGCUUGGAAUGUAGGAAAUGCAAUCGGAAGUUCUCCAACACACGUCAGCUGACUAAACAUAUCUGCAUUAUUGUCUUAAAUGAAGGAGAGGAAGAAGGAGAUGGAGGUAAUGAUUCUGACGUUGACCUUGACAGGAAGGAAGAUGAGCGAGAAAAAACUCCAAAGAGGCCCAGAGUUCAGAAAACAGAGAAAAUCCCAUCGACUAAGGAGACUGAACAGGUUCCAGGAGCUAAAAAUCCUAUUAUAAGUGUGGUUUUGACAGCCCAUGAAGCUAUUCCAGGAGCCACAAAAAUUGUUCCUGUUGAGGCUGCUCCCCAGGAAAGUGAACCCACAACUCCAGAGACGACAGUUCAAGAGCCAUCACAACGAAAAGGAUACCAAGAAUAUGCCAUUCAGCAAACCCCAUAUGAACAGGCAAUGAAAUCAAGCAGGUUGGGCCCAACUCAACUGAAGAUUUUUACAUGUGAAUACUGUAACAAGGUGUUCAAAUUUAAACACUCCCUCCAAGCGCAUUUGAGGAUUCAUACAAAUGAGAAGCCUUACAAGUGUCCUUCCUGCAGUUAUGCCAGUGCAAUCAAAGCCAACCUGAAUGUUCACAUGAGGAAACACACUGGAGAGAAGUUCAGCUGUGAUUAUUGUACGUUCACUUGCCUCAGCAAAGGCCACCUGAAGGUCCACAUCGAAAGGGUUCAUAAGAAAAUCAAGCAGCAUUGUCGCUUCUGCAAGAAGAAAUACUCAGAUGUGAAAAACUUGAUCAAGCACAUCAAGGAAACUCAUGACCUUCAAGACAAAAAGGUGAAAGAUGUUUUUGAUGAGCUUCGCUUGAUGACACGAGAGGGCAAAAGACAACUUCUCUAUGACUGCCACAUUUGUGAGCGCAAGUUCAAAAAUGAGCUUGAUCGAGACCGUCACAUGCUUGUUCAUGGGGAUGAAAGGCCCUUUGCUUGUGAGCUCUGUGGUCAUGGAGCCACUAAAUACCAAGCCCUCGAGCUGCACGUUCGGAAGCACCCCUUUGUGUACGUGUGCUCUGUGUGCCUGAAGAAGUUUGUCAGUUCUGUGAGACUCCGUGCUCACAUCAAAGACGUUCACGCAGAUCUGCAGGAGGAUUCUGUUUUUAACAGCUCUAUCAACCAAAGCUUCUGCCUGCUCGAGCCAGGAGGGGACAUCCAGCCAGAAGCCCUUGGUGAACAGCAAACACAGACUGCAGGUGAAUCGACUGUCACAGGUACUGAUGCUGUUAACACACCACAGCCACCUGCUGGUGAGGGUGAAUCAACAGCUGCAGAUGUCAACCGUAAUGGCCAACAUAACGGGGAUGUAAAAAUCGAUACAGUCCUUUCCUUAGAAUUUGAAAACCCUCUGGUGAAGAAUGUGGCAGAGACACUGUGUCAGACAACAGAGAUAGCAGUCCCAAACAUUCAACCCUGUGUAGCAUCAGAUUGCUUUCUGCUGAAAAAUGGUACUGCUGGUCCUGAGGAGUUAAAGGUUUCUCCUCCAAAUGAAGAGGAAGUUAAUCACUGCAGUUCUGUAAAUCAACAGGGUGAAGAAAUUCACCUUUUACUGUCUGAAGACAAAAGUUUAAAUCUGAGUCAGAACAAUGUAGUGGCUGAGAACAUUCCAGUCUCUGAAGAGAGAACCCAGUCUGUUCCUUCUAGUGAAUCAGAAACAAGCAACCCUCCAGUUCAGAACUCGGCAGAAUCCACAGACCCUUUGGCAGCACCAGAAGCCGGAACAGGCACCAGCCCACAGGCAGCCUCUUCCAACACGGCUGCACCCAACGGCGGGACUGGAUCUGUUGCCUUCAUGCAGAUCUUGGAUAGCUUGCAGAAGAGACAGAUGAACACAGAGUUGUGUGAGAGGAUAAGGAAGGUUUAUGGAGACUUAGAAUGUGAAUAUUGCGGCAAGUUGUUUUGGUACCAGGUACAUUAUGACAUGCAUGUUCGUACGCAUACCCGAGAACAUUUAUAUUACUGCUCCCAGUGCAAUUACUCCUCCAUCACCAAAAACUGCCUGAAGCGUCACGUCAUCCAGAAACACAGCAAUAUUCUGCUGAAAUGUCCCACAGAACAUUGUGACUACUCUACCCCAGAUAAAUACAAGCUCCAGGCACACCUUAAAGUUCACACAGAUCUGGAUAAAAAGAGUUAUUCCUGUCCUGUGUGUGAGAAGUCAUUUUCUGAAGAUCGACUUAUAAAAUCUCACAUCAAGACAAAUCACCCUGAGGUUUCAAUGAAUACUAUUUCUGAGAUUCUUGGCAGAAGAGUUCAGCUGAAAGGACUUAUUGGAAAACGAGCUGUGAAAUGUCCCUACUGUGAUUUUUAUUUUAUGAAGAAUGGAUCAGACCUUCAACGUCAUAUUUGGGCUCAUGAAGGUGUCAAACCCUUCAAAUGCUCCCUCUGUGAGUAUGCCACGCGCAGCAAGAGUAACUUGAAAGCCCACAUGAAUCGUCACAGCACUGAGAAAACACACCUCUGUGAUAUGUGUGGGAAAAAGUUCAAAUCCAAAGGCACUUUGAAGAGCCAUAAACUCCUUCAUACCGCUGAUGGAAAGCAGUUUAAAUGUACAGUGUGUGACUAUACAGCUGCCCAAAAACCACAGCUCCUACGUCAUAUGGAACAACAUGUCUCUUUCAAGCCCUUCCGAUGUGCACAUUGCCACUAUUCCUGCAAUAUAUCUGGUUCCCUGAAGAGGCAUUACAACAGGAAGCAUCCUAAUGAAGAGUAUGUAAAUGUAGGGUCUGGGGAGCCUGCAGCUGAAGCCCUUAUCCAACAAGGUGGCAUUAAGUGUCCUGUUUGCAGCUUUGUGUACGGUACAAAAUGGGAGUUCAACAGGCAUCUUAAAAACAAGCAUGGAAUGAAGCUGGUGGAAAAUGAUGGGGAGACCAAGUGGGAGUUAACUGCUGAAGUUUCUGAAGAAGCAUCCACUCAGUAUGUCCAUAUCACAGAGGCUGGAGAAGAUGUUCAAGGCACUCAAGCUGCUGUCGCUGCAUUACAGAACCUUAGAUAUACUUCUGAGAAUGGUGAAAGACUUGAUCCAACGGCUGUAAACAUCCUGCAGCAAAUCAUUGAGUUGGGUUCAGAGUCCCACGAUGCCACAGCAGUUGCUUCUGUAGUUACGAUGGCCCCUGGCACGGUGACAGUGGUAAAGCAGGUAAAAGAAGAGGAGCAAUCAGCCAAUCACACCUUGAUGAUUCAAGAGACACUGCAGCAGGCGUCAGUGGAGCUGUCUGAGCAGCAUCACCUGGUGGUCUCAUCAGAUGAAGUGGAGGGGAUUGAGACAGUGACUGUCUAUACACAAGGUGGAGAGGCUUCUGAAUUCAUUGUUUAUGUUCAGGAAGCUGUACAGCCUGUGGAGGAACAAACUGUGGAACAAUCAGUGCAGGAACUCUAGAGAAUACUGUUCAAAGGAGACGGCUACUUGAUUUGUAAAAAAGUUUUGGGUUUUUUGUUGGUUUUUUUGUUGUUUUUUUCCCAAACAAAAGCAAUCAAGCUGAUGGAUUUUCAUUUAGUUUGUGAAGUGAUCUAACUGGUUGGAUUGUAUGAGUAACUUAGACAUUAUGAGCAAAACCACCUCAGCCUUUUUUUUUUUCUAAAAAAUGGUCAUAUUUUGAGGAAAAAGUAUUCUCCCCCUUCUUAGAAGAUCUCUCACUUGAUUCCUGUCAAUCCUCACAAAUAUCGUUUGUUCAAAGCUGUGGUAUCCCAUGAUAAUAAAAAUCCAUAAAGGUAGCUAGAAUGUCUAGAAAAGCCCAUACAUCCCAUUUUGUACACACUUCAUAUGUGGUUGACUUGACUGGAAGCAAAAUUGUUUUUUCUUUGAAUUAAAAGAGCCUCUUAUUUCUGAGUACAUGCUUAGGAAGUGUCUGCAAAGUUGUGGUUCUAACUCAAACAAAGGUUCAAGACUUUAAUUAGAAAUGUACCACGGGUGGACUGUAGUUUGUACUUGUGAGGUGAUCCUUUGAGUUUGGGAGGUAUUUAAAGCCAUAUGUGAUAAUUCUGGGUACCAGUAGGAUGACUGUUAUUUAGAUAUUUGAAUAAUGGUAACUCUUUACCAUGAGAUGAAACCAAAUCUGUCAAAUUAAGGAAAUAUUCUUUUGUUUUUAAGAAAAAAAAUAUAUUCAAAAGAUUUGUAAAUGCUAUAAGACAUGUAUGUUCAUAUGUUUUAAACAGACAUGCUUGUAAAUACGAUUGUGUGAAAAAACUUGUACAAAAAGCUAAAGUAAAUAUUGACAAGAAUCUAGAUAUUCUUAAUUAUGCAUGUAUAUAGUUCCAGAUUUUUCUUCAUGAAUCUUGAAUUGUUUCUGGCUUAAUAUUUUUAAAUUUGAACUAUAAAAGUUAUUAAUAACAAAAUUGUCAUGUUUUCUUCUA